AUGAGCCGGGGCGCGGGCGCGCUUCAGCGCCGGACAACGACCUACCUCAUCUCGCUAACCCUGGUCAAGCUCGAGUCGGUGCCUCCGCCACCGCCUUCCCCGUCUGCAGCCGCGUCCGGCGCCCCCGGGGCCAGGGGCGCCGAGACCCGGCAUCCGGGCAGCCCCCGAGGCGCGGAGGAGCCGGGCAAGAAGCGGCACGAGCGUCUCUUCCACCGACAGGAUGCGCUGUGGAUCAGCACUAGCAGCGCGGCCGCGGUGGGCGCCGAGCCCCCCACUCUGUCCCCGGCUCCUGCCAGUCCGGCCCGCCCCGUCUCCCCGGCUCCAGGCCGCCGCCUCUCCCUCUGGGCGGCCCCCCCGGGGCCUCCCCUCUCCGGGGGACUGAGCCCUGACCCCAAGCCUGGGGGCGCCACCACCUCCUCCCGGCGCCCCCUGCUCAGCAGUCCCAGCUGGGGGGGGCCAGAACCCGAAGGCCGGGCGGGCGGCGUCCCGGGCUCGUCCUCCCCGCACCCUGGCACCGGCAGCCGGAGGCUCAAGGUGGCGCCUCCUCCGCCGGCUCCCAAGCCUUGCAAGACCGUGACCACGAGUGGCGCCAAAACCGGAGCGGGCAAAGGCGCGAGUAGCCGCCUGUCAUGGCCCGAAAGCGAGGGCAAGCCCAGGGUCAAGGGGUCAAAGAGCAGCGCGGGGACUGGAGCCUCUGCUGCUGCCGCCACCGCAGCUACAGCCACUGCCGGAGGAGGCGGCGCAGCAGCCGCGACCUCUGGUGGGGCCGGGGCUGGGCCCGGAGCCCGAGGGAAGCUGUCCCCUCGGAAGGGCAAGAGUAAGACCUUGGACAACAGUGACUUGCACCCGGGACCACUCGCCGGCUCUCCUCCUCCGCUAACAGUCCCAGCAACCCCGGUUCCAGCCGCUGCUAUCACCGCCGCCUCCGCGCAGCUCCCCGGGCCUGCACCUCCAAUCACGCUGGAACCUCCAGCUCCGGGGCUGAAACGGGGCCGGGAGGGGGGCAGAGCAUCCACUCGUGACCGCAAAAUGCUCAAGUUUAUCAGCGGCAUCUUCACCAAGAGCACAGGGGGGCCUCCUGGCUCCGGGCCCCCUCCCGCAACCCCCGGUCUGUCUUCUGGCAGCGGGUCCCGGGAGCUACUGGGCGCAGAGCUCCGCGCCUCCCCUAAGGCUGUGGUCAAUAGCCAGGAAUGGACUUUGAGCCGCUCCAUUCCUGAACUGCGCCUGGGUGUGCUGGGUGACGCUCGGAGUGGGAAGUCAUCACUCAUCCACCGAUUCCUUACUGGUUCAUACCAGGUGCUGGAGAAGACAGAGAGUGAGCAGCACAAGAAAGACAUGUUGGUGGAUGGACAGACUCAUCUGGUGCUGAUCCGAGAGGAAGCUGGGGCACCUGAUGCCAAGUUCUCAGGCUGGGCAGAUGCUGUGAUCUUCGUCUUCAGCCUGGAGGAUGAAAACAGUUUCCAGGCUGUGAGCCGUCUCCACGGGCAGCUGAGCUCCCUUCGUGGGGAGGGCCGGGGAGGCCUGGCCCUGGCACUGGUGGGGACACAAGAUAGGAUCAGUGCUUCCUCCCCUCGGGUUGUGGGAGACGCUCGUGCCAGGGCUCUGUGUGCGGACAUGAAACGUUGCAGCUACUAUGAGACUUGUGCAACCUAUGGGCUCAACGUGGACCGAGUCUUCCAGGAGGUGGCCCAGAAGGUGGUGACCUUACGAAAACAGCAACAGCUUCUGGCUGCCUGCAAGUCCCUACCCAGCUCCCCAAGCCACUCAGCUGCUUCUACACCUGUAGCUGGGCAGGCUAGUAACGGGGGCCACACUAGCGAUUACUCUUCUUCCCUUCCAUCCUCACCCAAUGUUGGUCACCGGGAACUCCGAGCUGAGGCAAUUGCAGUGGCUGGAUUGAGCACCCCAGGGUCCCUGCACCGGGCAGCCAAGCGCAGGACCAGCCUUUUUGCGAAUCGUCGGGGCAGUGACUCUGAGAAGCGGAGCUUGGACAGUCGAGGCGAGACCACAGGGAGUGGACGAGCCAUCCCCAUCAAACAGAGCUUCCUCCUAAAGCGAAGUGGCAACUCCUUGAACAAAGAAUGGAAGAAGAAAUACGUGACCCUAUCUAGUAACGGCUUCCUACUCUACCACCCCAGCAUUAAUGAUUACAUCCACAGUACCCAUGGCAAGGAAAUGGACUUGCUACGGACAACAGUCAAAGUCCCUGGCAAGCGGCCGCCACGGGCCAUUUCUGCUUUUGGUCCCUCAGCCAGCAUCAACGGGCUGGUCAAGGACAUGAGCACUGUCCAGAUGGGUGAAGGCCCUGAAGCCACCACUCCCACCCCAAGCCCAAGCCCCAGCCCUGGUUCCCUGCAACCACCACCGGACCAGACAUCUAAGCACCUGCUGAAGCCAGACCGGAAUUUGGCCCGAGCCCUCAGCACUGACUGUACCCCAUCUGGAGACCUGAGCCCCCUGACUCGGGAACCCCCUCCUUCUCCCAUGGUGAAGAAGCAGAGGAGGAAGAAACUGACAACACCAUCUAAGACUGAAGGCUCUGCUGGGCAGGCUGAAGCCAAGCGCAAAAUGUGGAAACUAAAAUCCUUUGGUAGUUUAAGAAAUAUUUAUAAAGCAGAGGAAAACUUUGAGUUCCUGAUCGUGUCCAGCACUGGCCAGACGUGGCACUUUGAGGCAGCCAGUUUUGAGGAGCGGGACGCCUGGGUGCAGGCCAUAGAAAGUCAGAUCCUAGCCAGUCUGCAAUGCUGUGAGAGCAGCAAGGUCAAGCUGCGCACAGACAGCCAAAGCGAAGCCGUGGCCAUCCAGGCAAUUCGUAACGCCAAGGGGAACUCUAUCUGCGUGGACUGCGGGGCCCCCAACCCCACGUGGGCCAGCUUGAACCUGGGCGCGCUCAUCUGCAUCGAGUGCUCGGGCAUCCAUCGGAACCUGGGCACACACCUGUCCCGCGUUCGCUCGCUCGACUUGGACGAUUGGCCGCGGGAGCUGACCCUGGUGCUGACGGCCAUUGGCAACGACAUGGCCAACCGCGUGUGGGAAAGUGACACUCGCGGCCGCGCCAAGCCCACGCGGGACUCUUCGCGGGAGGAGCGUGAAUCAUGGAUUCGCGCCAAGUACGAGCAGUUGCUGUUCCUGGCGCCACUGGACACCACCGAGGAGCCUCUGGGCCGCCAGCUGUGGGCUGCGGUGCAGGCCCAGGACGUGGCCGCGGUCCUCUUGCUCCUGGCCCAUGCGCGACACGGGCCGCUCGACACCAGCGUAGAGGACCCUCAGCUCCGCUCGCCGCUUCACCUGGCGGCUGAGCUCGCCCACGUCGUCAUCACGCAGCUGCUUUUGUGGUAUGGCGCGGACGUGUCCGCUCGCGACGCGCAGGGCCGCACAGCGCUGUUCUACGCCCGCCACGCUGGGAGCCAGCUGUGUGCCGACAUCCUUCUCCAGCACGGCUGCCCGGGUGAGGGCAGCAGCACGGCCACCACCCCCAGCGCAGCCACCACCCCCAGCAUUGCCGCCACCCCCAGCCCGCGUCGCCGGAGCAGCGCCGCCAGCAUGGGUCGCGCUGACGCCCCCGUUGCGCUGGUAUAGUUGCUCAGCGGGAGAGACACCCCCCCACCCCACACGGGCCGGGCACUGCCACACCGGGUGGACCUCUGGACAAAUGCAUCCACUCACCUCUUUGAUCCACACCCCAACCCACGGGAGCACUUCCUCCCCCCAUGAGAGCACAGCCCCCACCUCCCAGAGGACACAGACUCACCUCCUGCUCCCCAGCGAGGCAUGGAUACCCCAACUCGACACGCCCCCUCUGCACUAUUUCCACGCGAAUUCCUCUGGGUCUACCCUCGCGGCGUUUGCCGAAGGGCUUGCCCCCCGCCGCGGCACCGGCCCCUGGGCUCUUGGACCUGCCCGCUCGCGCCCCCUAGAGGCGGGGAAAAGACCCAGACCUGCCUGUGCUCGACAAUCCUAUGGCGGGAGCCUAUACCCAGGCUGGCUCCUGGGGAGAUGCUACGCCAGAGGGAGGGGUUAGUACACGGGAGAGCUAGUCCUGGGACUUGGGGCCAAUAUGGGGGACCCCAGCCUUCCAUACUGAUCUCACUGCCGAGUGAAGGGGGAAGGGCAGAGAGGGGCAGGACCCCUGCUGCCCAUGGGGGUGGGGAGCCCCCAACCCUUUCCGUGAAAGGGACCAUGAGGAGUGGAAAUCAGGACGUCCCCCCACACCCACCCAUGGAUGGAAGCUAAAGGGCUGAGGGAGCCAAGAGCCUGGGCCCCUCCUAGCUACUAUCUUAGGAGAGAGAAGGGAUGGAGCAGGAGCGGGUUAAGAGGGCUGGGGAGGGGCCUUGUAAUUUAUUGCUUUGUUCCCCAACAAGGGGGUAGGGGCGGGCAGGGGCAUGGGAAGGGCCUUUUGGGAUAGGGGAAGGCAAGG